GCAGCCCAAAGUCGCGGUUGCAAAUCCGCGGAUUUUGUUUUCGGCGCACAAAAAAAAGGUUGAUGUCUGGCUGUGUUUCGUUUUAAUGUAGAGCAAAAAUUUAAUUUACAGAUCAUUACCCAUUACAUUAAUAUUAGAGUUUGAAAAGAUUAGAAAGGAGGAUGGAGGAAGCUGAUCAACCCCAACCGGCUCAUAUUGUGGCGCUGGAGCAGCACUUUGGUCAUUCUAUUUUUCGUCCCAUGCAAUGGACCAUCAUACGUUCGAUCAUCGAGGAUCGUCGUGACAAUUGUGCGAUAAUGGCCACGGGUUACGGAAAAUCACUGAUUUAUCAGUAUCCGUCGGUAUUCCUUCAGCGGCUUACGUUGGUCAUUUCCCCGUUGAUCAGUUUGAUGGAGGAUCAGGUUCUGUCAUUGAAUUUAAGUAAUAUUCCGUCAUGUCUGCUGGGAUCGGCUCAAACUGCAAAUCCGGUGCCGGAUAUCAAGGCCGGCAAGUUCCGUGUAGUGUACCUUACGCCGGAAUACGUAACGGGUGGAUCUGGAAAGUAUCUUUUAGAACAGGUGUCCGAUCAGUUGGUGCUAAUUGCAAUAGACGAAGCUCAUUGCUUGAGUAAGUGGGGUCACGAUUUUCGACCAGCUUAUCGGAAUCUGGGACAGAUACGGAGCUGGUGUCCAAGGGUCCCGAUUUUGGCUGUGACAGCAACAGCUACCCCUAAUGUGCGAACAGAUAUAGUGUCCAGUUUGGGGUUGCGGAAUCCACAAGUUCUGUGUACCGGAUUCGAUCGACCCAAUUUGCAAUUUCACGUAAAAAUGAAAGGUUCCCUGGGCGUUUGGGAGGAUGUGAAAGGACUUUUGAGUCGCAACAGCGAAGGGAGCAUCAUCAUCUACUGUCUGACCCGGAAGCAGACGGAAGAGAUUGUUGAUUUGCUUAAGAGCAAUAAAAUUGAAUGCCAGCCGUAUCAUGCGGGGCUUAGUCUGAGCCGGCGAAAGGAUAUUCACGAGAGUUUCGUUCGGGAUCGUGUACAGAUCAUCGUGGCAACGAUUGCUUUCGGUAUGGGGAUAGAUAAGCCAGAUGUCCGUCUUGUUAUUCAUUACGGAGCUUCAAAGGAUUUGGAAAGUUACUAUCAGGAGGCGGGCCGAGCCGGACGAGAUGGGCAGCCGUCGAAGUGCGUCAUGUUUUGGAGUCGAGCUGAUUUUAGGACCCAUGAAAUGUUGCGAGAACACAAUCCCGGUGGAGUUCAGAAAAAUCUGGAAGCACUCUCAAAGAAGAUGUGUGAGUAUUUAGAUACGCGGGAUUGCCGACGAAAAUUCAUUUUGAAGUAUUUCGAAGGCGACUCAUCCAAAUUGCAACCGCGUAAAAAUUGUUGCGACAACUGUGAUCGGAUUGUGGAAGGAGUUAAGGAUAGUGAACGAUACGAAGGGAUUGAUGAACAUGGGAAUUACGAUUUUGGUAAAGAUGCGGAGCAUUUAUUGAAAGCAGUUCAAGCCUGUGCUGGAGGAACAGGAAUAACAAUUCCGAUUUCGUUACUACGAGGCUCAAAAAAUAAAAAAAUGAGCGAUUAUCUUCUGAAGCAUCCACUACAUGGAGUUGGAAAAUCCAAGGACGAAGAAUGGUGGAAAGCUCUGGCAGCGUUGUUGGAAAGGGAAGGAUAUCUACUGAAGACUAAAAUGCAAAACGCAUUCAAUAAGUUUGCGGUCAUGUUCAAGGUCAACCUGACUCCACUGGCGAUAAAGUGGCUCGAGAUGCCUGAUCGGAAGAUGUUAUUGAAACCUACAACGGAGAUGUUCAAAUCAAUUCGUAGGAUUCGAACACAACCGUUAUAUGACCUAAAUUCUGAUGCAGAUUUUCAAACGAAAAAUAAAACAUUGCCACUGCUACAAAUGCCAGGCAGCUCGCGAUUACUGGAACCUGUUGUACAGAAGCAGGACCUUGUGCAAGAGCUAGUGAAAAGUCUUCUGAAGAAGCGAUCCGAGCUCGCAACCACCUACGAGUGUAUGCCGUAUAUGAUUUCAUCAAACCAAGCUCUCCAUCAGAUGGCUACCAUCAGGCCAUUGAAUAUCGCAGAAAUGAAGCGUGCCAAACUUGACGGUUUCUCAGACAUAAAAAUCCAGAAAUUUGGCCAGGCGUUUCUAAACUGUAUUCAGCAAAAGCUGAACUACCUUCCAGAAGCAGCUCCACAUAAUACCCCCAAAGACAUUCUGCAAAAACAUUCACUCUCAAAGACCAAAUUUUCUUCAACUCAUCAAACGACCUGGAAUCUAUGGUUGGAAGGUCGCUCUAUAUCCGACAUUGCAAAGUUCCGAAACCUAGCUGAAACGACUGUGGUAAGCCACCUAUCCGAAGCCAUCAAGCAUGGAUUCACUUUCGGCACCAAGGAGCUUGCUCGUUUAGGAAUCGAUCAGCGCUUGUACGAACACAUCAGAUCAAAUCUCCCGAAAUCGUUCGAAGGCUGCAAACUAACCGACAUCAAAAAUAAUUGUCUACCGCACGUGACUUUUGAUCAGAUCAAGAUUGUCCUAAGCCACGUUCAGGUGCGCUCACACCUUGAAACACUAAACUACCGUUUCGAUGAAAAUAAUGCCAUUGGAGAACCUCUUAACGUACCCAAGAAAAGCAACCUUCCUGAGCCACAACACCCAGAAAACGACUUGUGGGGUGACGAAGAUGACGAUGUUUUGAUCGCAGCGGAGAGCAGCUUCGCAGAGAUUGAGCAAAGGUACGAUGAAUUGAACGCCAGUCAACGCGAAAACGGUAAGCCUGCGGUCGAUAGCGUGAUCGACAUUGACGACGACGAAGACGAAGGUUUCGAUAUAGGAGAAAUCAAUGCCCUAGAACAAGCCGUGCUCAAUAUGACCGAUGGCAAGACCAUGGUGAACGCGGAGAAGUCGUCCCCAGUGAUGGAACCUGUGCAGACAAAUAAGUUUGUGUUCAAGACCAAAUCAAAAGAUAUCGCUUACAAUGAUGACCAUACAAACAUUCAGAACUUAGAAGUGGCACCGAAAUGUCCGAGCCCUGCCAAACAAGCAAAGAUGGAUCCGGAGCCGGCAAAGAACAUUUUUCGUUUUAAAACGGCCAGUAGUACAGCGACCUCCACCGUAGGGAGUAACAAACGAAUAAUCUACGAGGAGAGCGAUGAUGACGAUGAUCGAGACGUGGCACUUCCAAGAAGGCGGAAUUAAUGCUCCUUUUAUUUAUCCAUUUGUUAUCAUGUUCUGUUGUCGUACAACGUAAAUUAUUAAAAUGUCGAAUUUAUGUAACUUUAAUGUUUGAGAAAUCAGCGCGUUUACAUGUACGCUUUGGCAUUGAUUUUAUGUAAUAAAAAGCCACAUUAAUUCACCUAAUA